AUGGAUACUCCAACGCGCCCCUCUAUCAGCCCCGGCCCAGCAACUAACCCUCUCAGCGCCCACUCAACCUGGAACUCGCUCUCCUCCCUCGCAGACCUAGUCACUCCCAAGGCCACGAACCGCGCCGACUUUAUUGCCGAAUGCAAAUCUGGCGCUCUGGACGGCGUCGUUGUCGCGUACCGCACCUUCGACUCCGUCUCCAUCACCGGUCUCUUCGAUGAGGAACUCGUCAACGCUCUUCCUUCUUCGCUGGUAUAUCUAGCGCAUUGCGGCGCCGGCUAUGACCAAAUCUCCACACAAGCCUGCACAGCGCGCAAUCCUCCGUUACGAGUCUCCAACGUCCCUACAGCGGUCGACGACGCAACCGCAGACGUAAACAUGUUCUUGAUCAUCGGCGCACUCCGGAAUUUCAACGCAGGCAUGCACGCCCUCCGCCAGGGUCACUGGCGUGGCCUUACACCGCCGCGCCUUGGCCACGACCCUGAGAAUAAAGUCCUCGGCAUCCUAGGCAUGGGUGGAAUAGGACGCAACCUGAAGCGCAAGGCAGAGUCGUUCGGCAUGAAAGUAAUCUAUCAUAACCGCCGCGAACUGAGUGCUGAACUCGCAGGGGGCGCGAAAUACGUUUCGUUUGAGGAGCUCUUGAAACAAUCCGACGUGAUUAGUUUGAAUUUGCCGUUGAAUAAAAAUACCCGCCACAUCAUCAGCACCGAGCAAUUCAACCAGAUGAAGGACGGUGUCGUGAUCGUUAACACGGCUCGUGGUGCCGUUAUGGACGAAGACGCCCUUGUCAAGGCCCUCGACAAUGGGAAGGUCUACUCGGCCGGCUUGGAUGUCUUCGAGGACGAACCUAAAAUUCACCCUGGUCUUGUGGAGAAUCCGAAUGUUUUGCUUGUGCCGCACAUGGGUACUUGGACUGUUGAGACGCAAACUGCGAUGGAGGAAUGGGCUAUUGAGAAUGUGCGAAUGGCCUUGGAGACGGGCAAGUUGAAGACCCCUGUCCCCGAGCAGGCUGAUUUGUAG